GCGAGGUGAUGGAUACCGCAGAUGAGAACUGCAGUCUAAUCGCUGUGCCGAAUGGUGCUUAUCCGGUGCACUGCACUGAGGAAGUCCUUCUCCCCUUCUUCUCAGAUGAGAGUCUGCCGGCUGCCAUGGCCUCACACCUGCCUCCAGCUCUCCCAGAACUUAGACUGGUCCUGCUGGGCAGGAAAGGAGCGGGGAAGAGCGCGGCGGGCAACACCGUCCUGGGAGGAGUGGGAGGCUUUGAGAGCGGGAGGCCCACGGAGGAGUGUGUGAAAAGUCGAGCAGAUGUGGCGGGGAGGAGAGUCACGGUGGUGGACACCCCUGGGUGGGAGUGGUACUACCCUCUCAACAGUACCCCCAACUGGGUGAGGAGGGAAACCCUGCGGAGCGUGUCGCUGUGUCCUCCUGGACCCCACGCUGUGCUCCUGGUGGUUCGGUCCUGUGCCUCAGUGACUGACGCCUACAUCCAGGAGAUGGAGGAGCACCUGGAGCCUCUGGGAAGUGGAGUUUGGGAUCACACCAUGCUGCUGUUCACCAGGGGAGACGAACUGGGCCUGACCACCAUGGAGCAACGGAUCGUGACGAGCGGACCGGCGCUUCAGAGGCUCCUCCAGAAGUGUGGGAACAGAUAUCAUGUCGUGAACAAUCUGAGGAAAGCUGAUGGGACGCAGCAGGUUCAAGAGCUGAUAAGGAAGCUGGAGCAGAUGGUGGAGGAGAAGAAAGACGGGAACAGUCAUCUGGAGAUGGAUAGUUCGGUUCUGUUGGGUUUGGAAGCAGACGGGAAGAGGAGAGCCAGAGAGAGGAGGAAGAAGCAGAGGCAGAUGGAGGCACAGAUGCAGAGAGGAACCAUCAAAGCUGCUCUGAUGAGUGAUGGUCCUCAGGGUUCCGAGCUUGACGCUCAUCACUCUUUCUCCAAAGCUCCCAGACGUUUACAAGAGGUCAGGCUGGUUCUCCUGGGGGAGCGUGAAACCGGAAAGAGUUCUGCUGGGAAUACUAUCCUCGGCCAAACAGGCUUCUUCCAAGCAGGGGGGGUAACAGAGGAGUGCAGCCGUCGACAAGCAGAGGUGGCCAAGCGGCUAGUGACGGUGGUGGACACACCGGGCUGGGAGGCCGGUGUGGCGGGGGCGACGCCGGAGAGGAUGAGGAGGGAAAUCAUCAAUGGCGUGGCGUUGUGUCCGCCGGGGCCCCACGCACUCCUGCUGACGCUGAGAGUGGACACACUGGUGAGUGCGGGACAUGUGAGGGAACACCUGGAGCUGCUGGGCGAGGGCGUAUGGAGACACACAAUCCUGCUGUUCACCCACGGCGAUCAGCUCCGACAGGGGGUGGAUUUUGAGCAGCACAUCCAGGGUGGGGGCAGGGACCUGCAGUGGCUGAUGGAGAAAUGCAGGGGCAGGUACCAUGUCAUCAGCAGUGCAGACGGAGGAAGUGGAGGCUCCACUACGGUGACAGAGCUCCUGGAGAAAGUGGAAAAGAUGGCGACAAUGAACAGGUGCGAGGCUUUCUCAAGUCUGGUUCAGGACGUCAGAGACCUGAGUCGUCAAAGGAACGAAAAGUUCAACCAGCGCCUGAAGGAGAUGGGAGAUAAGAUGCUUCGUCAGGAGCUGGAGCUGAAGAACGUGAGGGAGAGGGAGAUGAAGAGCAUCAGGUGGUUCUUUGAUUGGAAGAGGAAGGUGAAAUCGCCCGGGAAGGCCAACGUUCAAAGGGAAGAGGAGGAGGAGGAGGAGGAGGACAGGAGGAUGGGUGAAAGGAAGCAGGACUUCGGAGAGCUGGAGGAGAGGAUGCGAUGGCUGACGGAGGAUAAAGAGAGAGAAGUACAGGAUCUGAGCGUAGAAAAUGAGAGAAACCGCGUCGCGCUGAACCAAAGUGGACGAGAGAGAGACGAGGCGAUGCUUAACCUGGAGCGGAAAGAGAUAGAGGUCGAGGAGCUGAGAGAAAGAAUCGACGAGCAGCAAGCGAAGUUGCUUGACCUUGAACGUGCCGGUGUGGAUAAUGAACAAGAGAGAAAGAGGAGGGAGGACACCAUUAGAGCGAAGGAGCAAGAGUGGAGAAAGAAACUGGAGGAAACUGUGGAGCGGCACAAGAGAGAAGAAGCAGAGUGGACGGAACAAGUCGAAUCUUUCAAAGCAGAAAUGGACGAGACAAAACAACACUGUGACAAUGUUCUCGAGAGAAAAGAGAGGGAGGUGACAAAGCUGGAAGAGAAACUAAAAAGAGAGAUGGAAGUAAAACUGUUUGAAAGAGAUAAAGAGGAGGAGGCACUGAGGAAGAAAGCUGCAGAGGAAAAACGGUUCACCCUCGAUGCAGCAACACUGCAGCAUCAGGAGAUGACGAGGAAAAUCAGUGAAUUAGAAGUUAAACACCAAGAACAAAUUCAUCAGAGUGUGAAAGAAAAGGCAGAUGAUAUGGAAAAGGUCAGAGAACAGCAUGCAAAUGAAAUAAGAGACAUGAAUGAAGAAACCCGCAGAGAAAUCGAAAAUCUGAAAAAGCAUUUUGCAAAAGAAAAUGAGGAACAUGUGAAAGCAAAAAAGCAGGAGAUAGAAGAGCUGGAACAGAAGUAUCACAAACAAAUAAGAGAAAAACUGCGAGAAAAUGAAAAAGAGAGAGAAACGAUUACUUUAAAUCACAAGAAAGACGUGACGCAAAAGAUUCAAGAGAAAGACAAAGAAAUGGAAGCUUUAAAACGGCAGCAUCAGGAAGAAAUUAACGACAUGAGAAAACUAAUGGAGGCGACGAGGGCAGAACAACAGAGAGAGAUAGAUAGAAAAGUGAAAGAAAAAGAGGAGGAUGUAGAAAGAGUGCAACAGCAGUGCGAGGAAAAACUAAGAGACAUGGAGGAAGAAAGAAAAAGAGAAAAUGAAGAGCAGAGAGAAAAGUUUGCAAAAGAAAGUGGGAAACAAAUGCAGGAGAGAGAAAGGCAGAUCAGAGAGUUACAACUAAAGUUUUCUGCCCAAAUAGAAGAGAGGGAAAUAAUGAAUCAAGAAAAUGAAAAGUGCCUUUUAGAAAAAUUGCAAGAGAGAGACGAGUUAAAACGACAACACUUGAGCCAAGUCGAAGAAAAGGUGCGAGAGAGUGAAAAGGAAAAAGAGAGAUUCGAGAAAGAGAUGGAGAAAAGGGUGGAAGAAAAAGAAAAGGAGAUUGAAGAGACGAAACUGAAUGUAGGGGAACUCAAGACUAAGCUGCAACAAGAGAAAGAGAAAGAAAUAGAUUAUUUAAAUUACAAGAAAGAGAUAGAACAAGGAAUGAGAGAAAAAGAGAAAGAAAUUGAGGCAAUGGAACUGAAUGUUAAUGAAAUGAAGGAGAAACUGCAGCAAAGGCAGGAGAAAGAAACAAGUUACAAGAAAGAACUGGAGGAAAGACUUGAAGAAAAAGACAGAGAAAUAGAAGAGAUGAGAGAACAUUCAAAACGAAAAGAAGAAAAGAGAGAGAGGGUUCAGUUGAAUCAAAAGAGACUGACGAUGCAAAAACUGGAAGAAAAUGAACGAGUGAUAGAAAAGUUGAACGAGCACAUAAAGGACAUCGAAGAAAUCGUGCAAAGAAAAGACGAAGAGAGUGUGAAGAUGAUUCUAAACCAACAGGAAGAGGCAGAGCAGCGACUGCAGGACAGAGGGAGACGGACGGAGGAGAUGAAACUACAGCUUUUAAAUGAAAUGGAGAGAAAGUUAAAAGAGAAGGAGACAGAGAUUGAAAGCAUGAGACAGGAGGCAGACUCAAGGGAGACGAGAUGGAGGGAGGACCAGGAGACGAGGGAGAAUGAGAUGAAGAAGCUGAUGGAGAUCCUCGAGAAGAAGACAGAGGAAAUAACAGAAACACAGAGUCUUCUUGCACAGAGACACAGGGAGGUGGACGAGGUGUUGGAGAAGCUGCAGGAGAAAGAGGAGGCACUCGAGCGGUUGAGGCAAAAGGAUGGAGGCAACGAGAAGGAGAUCGUCCAGCUGAAGCUCACGAUCGAGCAAACGAAGUCAGAGCUGAAGAAUCUCACAGACAAGAUGGAGAAGGAGAUGAUGAGCUUGAUUCAGGAAUAUGAAAAGGAGAUCGCAAGAAGAGACGAGAACGUAGAAUCGAUAUCCAAGGACAAGGACGAGGCUGUGGCUCGUCUGGAGGAAGAAAGCCAGCGAAGCGUUGUGGCCGUCACAGAGAAAUACGAGGAGCUGCAGGAGCAAAGCGAGAAGAUGAGAAAGGAGGCGGACAAUUUCAAAUUUAAGUAUGAGGAGCUGAGGAGGGAGAAGGAAGAAGAGGUUAGGAAACAUCAGAGGGGAUACGAGGAAAUCCAAAGCAUUCUUAAAGAGAGAGAUCUGGAGGUCAGGGCGUUAACUGACGCAAGUGAGAAGCUGGAGACGGAGAGGGAGCUGAGAGAGCAUUUUGAGAGACAGAUGAUGGAGAGAGAAAGUGAGUGGAGAAAGAAGGAAGAGGAGAUGGAAGAGAAAUUGCUGAAAAGGGAAAGGGAGGUCGAGGAAAGGGAAGAGGACACGAGGAGAAAUGAGGAAGAGUUGAGCAAGAGACGACUUGGAUUGGGUGCGAAAGAGGGAGAGCUUGAGCAAGGGCUUCGAAAACUGGAAGUGAAUCUUGUGAUGCAACGAAAAGAGCGUAAUCAAUACGAGCAAGGACUGAAACUGAGAACUGAGACUAUCGAGAGAAAGGAACGGGAGAUAGAAAGUUUGCUACGAGCUCUGGAAGUCAAACAGCAAGAGCUGAGCAGCCACGGUCAAGAUCUUCAGAAGAACGUAAAGCGUCUUAAAGACCAAGGGAAGGAGCUGAAAGACAGAGAGCACUAUCUAAACAAUGAGGAGCGGGAGUUGCUCAAUUGGAAGUCUGAGCUGCAGAAGCAAAACGAGCACGUUGACUCUACAACUCAGCAGCUGUCCGAGAUGGGCAGAGAUUUGGCUUUGCUGAAAGACGAGCUGCACAAAAAAGAGAAGAAUCUAAAGACGGCGCUUAAAAAAUGGAGCAAGUGGGAAGCAGACCUUGAAGCGCGAGAGGCGGAGUUGCACGAAAGAAACUUAGAGGGCGGUCAAGGUCCGGAUGCUGCGGUCGAGAGUUCGGAGAACAACGUCUUUGUGAUGUGCCGAGAGGUCAGCGAGCGAAGGGCAAAGGGCAGAGCGGCGGUUCAAGGAGAGAGCACAAAGGAAAGGGAGGAUCAGACAACGAAAACAGCACAGUCAGCUGCAGAGAGCAAUAACUGUCACCAUGAAACACUAGAAGAGAUAGAGAUGGGAGAGGAAAAGGAAGGGAUGAGAGGAAGGGGAGGAGAGAUGGAAGAGGAAAAAGGCCUGGAAAGGAAACAGGUCGUUCAGGGUCAGAGGUUAUCUAGUCACAACAGCACAGCCUCUCCUGGGUUGCAUCUGAGGGUGCUGGUGCUGGGGGAGUCCUGGUCGUCACGCUGCCCAGCUGGAGUCACCAUCCUGGGUGGAGAAGUGCCCAAACCAGACGGAUCCACCUUCAGGUCUUGGAGAGGUCAGACAGCCGGGAGACGCCUUGCUGUGGCAGAGCCGCUGGGUUUGAGGUGGCGGGACGGAUCGGACCCAACAGACCUAAAGAAAAGCCUCCUGGACGGCGUUUCCUGGUGUCACCCGGGACCUCACGUCGUCCUCCUGCUCAUGCCCGUCUUCUUGGCCUGCACGAGGAAGUACAGGAGAGCUGUGGAGGAGGACAUGGGUUUGCUCGGGGAAGGGAUCUGGCAGCGCACCCUGGUGGUGUUCACGUGGGGGGAAACUUUAGGGGUGAGCGCAGAGCAGCACAUCCUGAGGAGCGGGGAGCUGACGGGGCUCGUGGAGAAAUGUGGCGGCAGGUUUCACGUGCUGACCAGCAAGAGAACAAACCCUGAGACUGAGGGACUGUUUGAGAAGAUGGAGGAUAUAGUGGCUUCGAACAGCAGGGGGCAGUGUUUGGUGUAGAACUGUAACAAAACUUAAUUAAUUUAUCACGUAAACACAAAUUCAAGUUGAUAUGUCUUCUAAGAAAUAAAAAAUAUAAAAAUACUUUUACUGGUUUUAUUUUAAUUUGGGGAAGACACACAAUAAAGGUUUGGGUGGGAAUCGAACCUGCGGCCGCUACAGGCCUCCAUCUAAAGUGUAAACCCCACAGUGUAAGAACUUCA